GUAUGUUUAUUUUUCUGUAAUUUGGAGUUCAUUUGAGAAGGAAAAGCUAGGGCCGUUGCUGCUAGCUGAAGAAGUGAUUUGUGAGCUAUGGUGGCCAUUCAUCAGGUGGACUGUGCGUGCUUAGAAAAAUGGACAAUUAGAAAAAGAUGGCCAGCAGUGAAAUGAGUGGCCACCUGAUGAGUGGCAGUGUGGCACAAAUCCCUCACACAGGUGCCAUGAGUCGCUUCUUCAUCAAUCCUUUCCUUUUCUGCAUUUCUCAUUAUAAAAGCGCAUCAUUUUGUUUUGGUUUCCAUUUUCAUGAAUUUCUUCCUUUGAUAUAUACAAUUGCAGAUCUGAAAAUUUUCACCAAUUUGCCCAAGAUCAAGAAUGUUCAUAUUGUGACCCCAUCAUGGACAGGCGACGGUGAACCAGAGCUAAGAUCUCUCAUUGGUACAGGGUUCACGUUCCAAUCUUUCCUGCAUGCGAAUUUUCAUCUAUCUGAAGCAGUGGCAUUUGCACAACUAAAGGGUCAUUGCAUCAUUUGUGCCCUCACGAAUUCCCAGUAUUUCCUGGUGCAGCCCACUUUCGUUUUGGAGCUGCCUUAUUCUUGGGCUCAUCUCCUAACAUGAGCUGGUGGCAAAUCUGAUGGACUGAGUGAAUGUCACACAGACGCUGCUGCAGUGGGCCCCACAGCUUUCAUCUACAGUCACUUCUUGUAGGUGGGGGUCCUUCGCUAAUAAUGCCUCCAUGAGUAGCGCAAAAUUCAGGAGUCACCAUUCCCCGCUGGACUGCUGAAGGUGACGGUGGAUGGAACCAUUUUCAUUCAUUCAUGACACCCCAAUACCAGUAUCACUGCAUUCCCUUGAGAAGCUGACAUUGAAGAUGUGAUUCGAGCCACAUGUGCCAAUGUGUCAGAUGUGUGAGGCUUUCGGUGAUGUUGACAUGUGUGGCCCAAGACAGCUACUCGUGUGAACCAAUGGCCCAAUAUACCAGAGAACAGAGCUCUAUGCACUCUGCACUUCAUGAAGAACGCCUCAUAAUACAUUCUUUAGAUGGAUAUGGUUUAUGAGCAUUGUAAGUCUGAUUGUUGUGCAUCUGAAUCUUUCAAUUUAGCUGAACUGAAUGACCAUGCGGACAAGAUGAAAGAUUGCUCAUAACAAAGUGGCAAAUAGCCUCAUACAAAAAUGAUACU